AUGGACGACCCAGCGAGCCGUCUUCCCGGGCAGUUGCUGCCGCACAUGCACCUGGUGUCGCGGCAUCGCUACCCCUUGAUGCAUAUGAUGCCCACGGAAACCGUGGUUGAAUACCUCCUGUCCGCCCAGAAGAUUGUCCGCGAGGCGCAACCGAUGCAUUGGACCUUUUUGGAUGGACCUCAGGAUGGCACGGUGAUGCUCACAUGGCAGCCCCUAAACCACUUGGGGACGAAUUUUGCGAGCGAUGGCUACGUCUGGGCGGACGUUGAACAAGCCUUUACCUUCGAAGCUCGGGGCUACGUACUGGAAAUGUGGUUGCACCGGAGUGGCUACCAUCCUCCGAACGAAUCGCUCGCGAUCCACUGUCGAAGACGUUAUCGGUUGUUGCCUACGAAAGUCCCGAAUCCCAACGUCCCCCCGCCAGACCCGUCCUUAUGGAUCGUUCAUUACUCGAGAGCACCUCAAAGCGAUCAUAUCUCUGCCAACCGGAUCCCGGUCCUACCACAAGUCCAGAGCAUGUUGGCCCAGCGCCGUUUUCUGCAAAGCCAGGGUCAGCUAGCCCGCAAGGACUUCAUGCUACACGACCGGAACAACUGGCCGACCAUCAAUUUCCCGCCGCAGAUGGCCCCGCAGGGGUUCGCACAAGUCCCCGGGCCUUAUCCAAAUACCAUGGUCGCACGUCAACCGUUCUAUCCGCAGCAGGUUCAAAGCGUGCCGGCUGCGGCGAGCGCGGCGCCGGUAAAGGGGCCGCGCGGGCACCGAGCAUCGUCCGCCGCGAUGAACGCUGCCGCCGCGGACUUCGCGCUCGAAGAUGAGGAUGUCUCUGCGGGUGACAUGAUGGAUCUACUGACCCCUCGUGAAGUGAGCAAGAUGCGAUAUCAACAACACCAUGAGUGGAUGGAGGAGAUCUUUGCCUCCCCAUACGCCAUCAGCCAGAUUACCCCCAUCUCCCUAGGUCUCGGCCGCAAAGGCGAGCUGGAAUCCUUGACUGCCGGCUUCUUUGAAGCGCCCGACUCGAAAGACACCAACGAGGCGACCCCCGCCACCAAAAUGGAGCCCGCGAAGGCCGAGGAGUUUGCCGACCGUGUUGUCAAGAAGGUGGCCGACAUGACGGCGGAGAUUGAGAAGCUGAAGAAGCGCCAUGCUCGACGGAUGGAGAAGUUCAACCGCACCUCCCUGCUCAAGGAUGCUGAGCUUCGACUACGGGACUCGGCAGCCGAACCCGCGGAGACCGGAUCAGAGAUCUGGCGAUUGGAGGGACGAGUAGAGAUCCCUAGCGAAGAGAAUGACAGCCCCGCUCCUCAGCCGGUGGUAAACCGUGCGAGUCACAAGGUGAGCGACGUGAUCAAAGAGGUCGAGACGGCGUGGCAGAAGCACAUCGUGCCGGAACCCAAAGUCUCCUGUGUCCAGAAGGGUGGCCUGCUGGAGAAGAUCGAACCGGAACGCAAGACAGGGCAUCCUGCCGGGACUGAUGUCGACAUGGAACAUGCCGACAGCCAUCUGCUCGAUCACUUCGGUACGACGACACAGAGCACUUCAUCCGUGCCAAAUGCUGCUGCUGCUGCAGGCACAUCGGGAGCGGAUUCCGCAGCAGCGCCCCCGCUACCUAUUGAUUUUCCCCCGCAAGGUGCGCCGGGCUUGGAUGUCGAGAUGAACCUGGGCGAUGGUCCCCCAACCGGUACCGCCUCGGGCGAGACAGGUGACUGGGUAAUGGUCGACGGCGACAAGAAGGGCCCGAUGGACAAGAUGACCUUGGGGGAUACCUCAUUGUCAGGAAUCGACACCCCUGGAAGCGGCAUCCAGGGCCUGACACCAGGGAACACGGGACCCGACAACGGACUGGAUGGCGCCAACUUCGACUUUACCAACAUGGACAGCGCCGGUGAUGCGCUGGCGGCAUACACGGAACAGAAUGAAGGGCUUGAUCUGCCCGAUCUGGAGAAUUCGGCAUUUGGCGAUGCCUUCCACGCAUCGGAUAAUGAAAAUACCCAUCAUCAUGAUGCGGACGAUAUGGCCUGA